UCCUCCUCAUUCCCUGCCUCCCUAACUUCAUAUAUUGUCCAUCACUUGGUACUUCACUAGCAGCUAUAAUUACAUAAAUAUAUAUAAGCUUACAACUUGAGUGGUAAUUAUAUUGUGAAGAGAAAAUGAGUCAAGUAGCCUUGUCUAAGCUUGCAACCAAUGAUGGUCAUGGAGAGAACUCAUCGUACUUCGACGGAUGGAAGGCGUACGACAAAGACCCUUUUCACCCCGUCCACAAUCCCGACGGAGUUAUCCAGAUGGGUCUUGCAGAAAACCAGCUUUCGUUCGAUUUGGUUCAAGAUUGGAUAAAAAAGAAUCCAAAGGCCUCCAUAUGCACUGCUGAAGGAAUCAAAAUGUUCAAAGAGAUUGCGAACUUUCAAGACUACCAUGGUUUGCCUGAAUUUAGAGAGGCAAUAGCCAAGUUCAUGGGGAGAGUGAGAGGUGGGAGGGUCACAUUCGACCCGAACCGAGUAGUCAUGAGUGGUGGAGCCACCGGAGCAAAUGAGACCAUCAUCUUCUGUUUGGCGGAUCCGGGAGAUGCUUUCCUUGUUCCCUCACCUUACUAUCCUGCAUUUGAUCGUGACCUUCGAUGGCGAACGAGGGUGCAAAUCAUACCAGUAGAUUGCAACAGCUCAAACAAUUUUCAAGUAACAAGAGAAGCACUUGAAGCAGCAUAUGAGAAGGCACGGGAAGCUAACAUCAAUGUCAAAGGAUUGAUCAUGGUGAACCCAUCAAACCCUCUUGGGACAAUCUUAGACAAAGACACACUAAGGAGUUUGGUCACAUUUGUGAAUCAAAAGAACAUUCACCUUGUCUGCGACGAAAUUUACGCGUCCUGUGUCUUCAGCUCCCAGAAUUUUGUCAGCGUGGCGGAGGUUGUGCAAGAGAUGGCUGAUCGCUGCAACCGCGACCUUAUUCACAUUGUUUACAGCUUGUCUAAGGACUUGGGUUUCCCUGGAUUUAGGGUUGGCAUUGUCUAUUCAUACAAUGAUGAUGUUGUGAGUUGCGGCCGGAGAAUGUCGAGUUUCGGAUUAGUCUCCUCGCAAACUCAGUACCUGCUAGCUGCAAUGCUUUCGGACGAUGAAUUUGUCGACAACUUCCUCGCGGAGAGCGCCAGGAGACUCGCGGAGAGACAUGGGAUCAUCACCAAGGGACUUGAAGAAGUCGGUAUUAGUUGCUUGAAAAGCAAUGCUGGUCUUUUUGUUUGGAUGGAUUUGAGGCAUCUACUUAAAGAAGAUACAUAUGAAGGUGAGAUGGUGUUGUGGAGAGUCAUCAUUAACAAAGUGAAGCUCAAUGUUUCUCCAGGCUUGUCUUUUCAUUCCGUCGAGCCGGGUUGGUUCAGGGCAUGCUUUGCAAACAUGGAUGAUGAAACAGUUCAAGUGGCUCUCAAGAGAAUGCAAGCCUUUGUUGGUGAAGGAAAGGAGCGAAAAGAGGCGCCGGCGCCUUUGAAGAGGCGGCGCUGGCAAGAAAAUCUCAGGCUGAGCUUCUCCUCUCGGCGAUUCGAGGAGGGUGUCAUGUCUCCACACUCUCCAAUUCCUCAUUCCCCACUUGUUAGGGCAAGGACUUGAGCGCUCUAUCUCAUUGAUCAUGAAGGCCAUGGAAAAUUCAACUAUAUCACCUACCUAUGUCUAGAUGUUGGUAAUUUACCUUUAGGAAUAACCAUUUUUUUCCCAUUAAUUAGUCAAGGCUAUAAGCUUAAUUUUUUUGGGAUCUAAAAGGUUGUUUGUGCUUGUGAUCAUAUUUAAUUUUAAUAAUUUUCAAGUUGUCCAUAGACAACUAACCUAGGGAAGAUGUUGUAAUAGUUGUGUGUAGCUAUUUGAAGUGGUUGUUUGUAUCUUCUCCAUUUUUAUAUUGUAAAUGCUUCAUAAUGAUGCUCAAGCGUAGCCAUUGUGCUCAAUUAUAUAUAGAUGUUAAUAUAUGCUUUGUGCUAAUUCA